AUGCCUAUCUGCUUCAGUUAUGAUGAUCUGAGUAGAGCUACGGAAAACUUCUCUUCAAAGAUUGGCAAAGGAGGAUUCGGAUCGGUCUUCAAAGAUUUGGCUGUAAAGAAACUAGAGGGUAUAGACCAGGGAUUGAAAGAGUUCAGAGCUGAAGUUAGGACCAUAGGGUGCAUCCAUCAUGUCCAUUUAGUCAAGCUAAAAGGUUUCUGCGCCGAGGGGGCUCACCGGCUGCUUGUUUACGAGUUCAUGGGUAAAGGGUCUCUGGACAAAUGGAUUUGCAAGAAUAGCGAGGCCAGUAAGAUUCUGGAUUGGAAUACUAGAUUCAAUAUUGCUCUGGGUACAGCCAAGGGAUUAGCUUAUCUACAUGAAGAGUGUGAAGUCAAGAUAGUCCACUGCGACAUCAAGCCCGAGAAUGUCCUUCUGGAUGAUAAUUUUGUUGCGAAGGUGUCGGACUUUGGUUUGGCCAAGCUAAUGAGCCGGGAAGAAAGCCGUGUGUAUACGAUCUUAAGGGGCACUAGGGGUUACCUAGCACCAGAAUGGAUCAGAAACAACCCGAUAUCCGAAAAGAGUGAUGUUUACAGUUACGGAUUGAUGUUGCUUGAGAUCAUCGGAGGCAGGAAAAAUUAUGAUCCUGGGGAAUCUUCUGAAAAGGCCCAUUUUCCUUCUUAUGCCUGCAAAAUGUUGGAAGAAGGAAAGCCAGAGGAAAUUCUAGACUCUAGACUAGAAUUUGACCAAAAUGACGGGAGGAUUGUGGAUGCGAUCAAAGUUGCCCUGUGGUGCGUACAAGAUAAAAUGUAUUUAAGACCACCGAUGACUUAAGUAGUUCAAAUGCUUUGAGGGACUUUGUGCCAUACCUCAUCCCCAAAUUUCCUCUUCAACUGGACCAAUCGAUUGGAGUAGCGACACGUUUCUCUCAGAAGUUCAGCUGUCAGGUCCUAGGUAAUUUUCAAAUUAGUGAAAAGCGGGAGAUAUCUCUCACUGUUUGCGACACGCGGAAGAGAAACAGUUUCUGU